CCUGUACUUCAUCUCUUUCACUGAGCGAAGGAGAAACGUUUGUGAACUCCGAUGGCUUCAUCAUCCCUGUUGAGCUCUGCGACGUCGUCGUUUCAUGGCCAUUCCCCAUUCUUCUCAGCCCGUUUUGCUGCACCGAUUGCUUGCGGAAACCCUAGCAACAUAGCUCCAUUGGCGGUGAGAGUAAAAGCCUCGACUGGCGGUGCUAUAGUGCUUGUAGACAAGGCAGAGGCUGAGAAAGUCAACCGGCUCAAAUCCAAUUACCUUGAGAAAAUCGUGCCGCUGCUCAUGGAUGAGUUCUCCUACACUAAUAUCCACCAGGUCCCUAAAAUUGAGAAGAUAGUAGUGAACUGUGGUAUUGGAGAUGCUCAGCAGAAUGCGAAGGGUUUGGAAGCUGCAAUGAAUGAGUUGGCAUCCAUUACAGGACAACGACCUGUGAAAACACGUGCAAAGAAGUCCAUUGCAACCUUCAAGAUCAGGGAGGGUCAACCACUUGGGAUUGCUACAACCCUAAGGGGAAAUGUGAUGUACUCCUUCCUGGAUCGUCUUAUCAACUUGGGGCUGCCUAGAACAAGGGACUUUCAGGGACUGAACUCAAAUAGCUUUGAUGGACAUGGAAAUUACUCCAUUGGUAUUCGUGAACAGAGUGUGUUCCCAGAAAUAAAGUUUGACACACUUGGCAAACCGAGGGGAAUGGAUGUUUGUAUCACAACAACAGCUGAAACCGAUCAAGAAGCUCAGCGACUCUUGGCUCUCAUGGGAAUGCCUUUCAGAGAGAGUGGUGGCUCUGUAGCUGUGAUGCGGAAAAAGAAGCUAAAGUCCCACCAUUUUGAUUCCAAAUCCAAGGGAAGAGCUCGGAGAUAAUGAAUGCAUUUUAGGAACAAGGCUUUUACAUUUCCUCAAUUCAUCUGUUGUAUCUUUACUCAAAAAAACUAUACUCUAGCAAAUUUAGCUGGGUUGUAUGCUAAUUUGAUGAAGUUAUAGAGGUUUGUUUAUGAGAUUAGUUCCUUUAGCUCGGAAA